AUGCCGUCAGUCAACACUUUCAUCACCGCCCUCGUGGCUGGUUUUGUCAUCGGAGCUCAAGCUGGUCCUUGUAGACCUCAUGCUUCAAGCUCUGUUAUUCAGUAUCCUGUUUCUACCACUCAGCAGACCGCAGCCGGAACUUCUGCCGCCUACACUGAUGCUGUGAGCAAGUCUGAGACUAAGAGUUCCCUUUCUACUACCGCUGUGCAAGUCACCAGCACCACCAAGGACGAGUCCGAGCCUGCCACUGCUAAAGAGACAACUACUGGAUACCCUGUCGACGAGACGGCUUCUUCUUCUGCUGAAACCCUUACGAAUGGAUCUGCUUAUCACACUUCCGAAGCUGAGACUACUGAGCCUGCCGCCAAAACUACUUCAACUGCUAAGGAGGGCACAACCUCUGCUCCUCAUACCACACAGGACUCUAGUGCUGCUCCCUACACUACAACAUCAGUCCCCGAAACCACUUCGAAGCCAAAGACCACUCUCGACACCACUACCGCCGCCCCUACCACCACCUCCAAGCCUACCACAACUACCUCAGAGGCUUACACAACCACCUCCGCUGCUGCUACCUCCAGCUGUCCUGCCCGCUCUGAGCUCACCUGCGCCAAGACUGGCUUUUUCAGCAACGCAGACAGCAAUCUCAUCCAAGUCUACUACGAUUAUACCCUUAGCCAGUGUCAGGAUGAGUGUAACAAGACUGACAACUGCAAGACCAUCGGUAUCACCACUAGCAACCAGUGUGAGCUCUACGAUGCUGCUGUUUCUGCCCUUGGGUUUGAGUUUAGGGACGGCUGGUACUACUCUGUCUACGAUGCUUGCUGCUUCAAUGGCGAGUAG